CACCCAUUAUUAAUUUAAUUUCCACCCCUGUGACCGAUCGAAAUGUAGGCCUCGCUGGCACAGAUGCAAUGCGCUAUCCCCAGUUAAUUAACCAGUCUACUUAAUGUCGGACCGGCUGGAUGCUUCACCAGGCUUGUAAGAAACCUUUCAUCAACGGCCAUACAAAGCUUUCAUUGUCCCCGAGACUCCAUUCAAUUCCACCUUUGUUUCAUUCUUCAGUCUCCAUCCACUACUGCGUACGGAUAUAUAUGUGUCUAUCACCUCUUCAAUACGUCAUAAGUGGCUACUUCCUCACACCACGCAUCGAAACCACUACGACCUACUAGUUCGACGGAUACCUCUGCUCAUCACGUCAAUCCUCCUAUUCUUUAUCCCUGGUAUCUGAGAACACCGGUAAUCAAUGCUGUCGACAGCUCUCGAAACCAUGGCUCGUCGAUUCUUCCCCGGACAGAACGCCGCCUUCGGGCUGAGCUUGUUCCUAUUUACCUUCAUGUUUCUGCCCACGCUGGUCAUGCUAUUGGCGGUCGUGGUGCUGGUCAUUAUGUACUAUCCACGUCUGAGGAAAACGACACAUACGCAGUAAAGAUCGAUGGAAAAUAUCUGAAUAUUACCAAAAAGUUCGUUUGUACACCUCAUGACACAUUCUACGAUGGACACGAUCAGUGUGGAAUCAGGGGAUAGGAUGAAGGUCAUUUUUUCUUUACUGCCGCGUUGCGCCGUAUAUCCUGUAUUAUAUGUUCUUUUUUUUUUUUUUUUUUUUUUUUUUUUUUUUU